CGAAAGCGGAAAGAAAAACGAAAGCAGCAAGAAAGCGAAGAAAAGCAGCGAAGCGGAGAAGCGAAGAAACGAAGAAGAGAGAAUCAGCGGAGAGAAGAAGAUCAAGUGAAGAAGAAGAUCGAAGCGGAGAGAGAUCGAAAGCGGAGAGAGAGAUCAAUGGAGAAGAAGAUCGAAAUGCGAGAAGAGAAGAAGAUCGAAAGUGGAGAAGAGAGAAGAAAUAACGAAGUGGAGAAAUAA